AAUCAUUAUUUUCUUUCAACUGAGCGCGCGCGCGCGAGACGUGGUUUCAACACAAAGUACAUGCCCUUUUAUUGACACACUCUAAUCAGUGAACGAGAUUUUACAUAAGUGUGGUUAAAUUUGAACUUUGUUGCGGUAUAAGAGGUUUGUGGUCGCAUAGAAGAACAAGGCACACAACUUGCAACUACGUAGUAUUUCUACUCUUUAUUCGAACGUUUCGGCACUUCGGCCUUCUUCAGCAAAUUUUUUAUUGUUAUUUUUUUACUUUAACAUUCCUUGGCUUUGCCUUGAAUGUACGAUUUUCGAACGACAGUCAAAAGCGUAUGAAAUUAUUAUCUAGUUGCAUUAUUAUUCUUUGUAAGAAACCCGUUUAUAUCUGACUUUAACCGUUUCCGCCUUUUACGAAGUGAUUUUAUUUUGUAGACGAUCAUUCUAUCUCUAUAAUAAUUCUAUAAUAAUUCUAUAUUAACGUCAAAAUCCCUUAAUCACAUCUUAAGGUUUAUGUUACUGACAUUAUUCUUACAUAUUUACUACUGAAAACAUCUUUUAUAAUCAAAACAUGCUUCUGUUUCAGUGUAAAAAUAGUGGGGAAGUGAAACCACAUUACGCACACUGCUAAUUCAAAACCUGAUACACGUCGUGCUUACAAUGUUUCUUACCAAAAAAGGUUUACUAUUCAAUUCACUAUUGUAAUUCAUUCGACAUUCGAUGUUCCGGAAAAGUUUCUUCAUAAACUUGUAAUAAAAACAUGUAUUACAGGCAAAUUUUGAGGUCUGGAACAGGUACACAUACACCCUUUCCUCCACUCUUUAAAACUCAAUGAAUUAACGGUGGUCAAGAUGGUCUUGACUAAACGCGUAUGGCUGUACUUCAUCAGUCACAUGACAAAAAAAAUGCGUAAGACAGAGAAGAAUUAUUUCCUUCGAUGCAAACCAAUGUACCUGUAACAAACUACGGAGUAAUAUAUUUCAAAGGAGGAUCUUACGUAAUUGGUCCAUUCUACGCACUUUAUGACACAACACAACGAGGUUGUAUAUGGUACAGACGAAUCAACACCGAACACUUAAUGAAAGAGGCAUCAACCGACUUAAGAAGGACUUUCACAGAAUUCCCGCGAUUCUCAGCAAUAUGGAUGUUUGUUGUUACAUGGGAGGAAGUACCAUUUUAUCAAAGUAAUGAUAAGAAUAUUACCAACACCUUUCAGUUGGUAUUGCUAACGGACGGACGUUAUUCCUUUGUUCGUUUUAACUACCAUAACGUCUCAAAGYCUCCAAUAAAGACAAGUGGACGCAAAAUUUUAGUAGGGAGUGGAUUCAUCGCUGGUAAUUAUUCCUACAGAACAUUUGUAAAUCAUUUUCGAAAUAUAAGCGUAUGGGAUCUCCCUUCAGAAACAAAUGUUGGCAAAAUAGGAAUGUGGAUGUUCAGGACAGACAACAUCACAAUACAAGAACCAAAAAGACGAAUCACGAAAGGUGAAAACAAAUUAAUAUCCUAUAUCAACCCAUUUAAGUCCAUGACAAAAAUUUUAAUUUUUUAAUUUUUUUUUAAAGUAAGGACUAACAGCAAUGUCACAAUUGUUUGUGCAAUCAAAAGUUCUUAUUCACUAUGGCCGCCAUGACAGUUUUCGUAAUGCAAAUUGGCUAUGCGGUCAUUCAGUUCAAAUUUGGAUAUUUACUACAGAUAUUUCAAUACCUUCAAGAACUGUCUUAUGCGAGAACAUAAGGCAUAGAGCUAGUCGAUCGCUUAAAAUUUGCCAUUUCUUCUAGUGUUUACCCACUGAAAGACCACGUGGCUAAUUUGCAUUCCAAACGGAAGCCAUCAUGGCGGCGAUCGAGAAUGAGGCUGUAUUCUGAUCAAGAGAUAAUUCAGAGUUAUGCUGCCAAAAAAAUGCUGAUUUUCUGAACUAACGUUUUAUAUUGUCUUUUAUCAGCUUCGACAACAGACACUUUCAUGUAUGUUAGACAGAAAGACAGGCAGGAAGACAAAUAUAGACAAAUUAGCAUAUUAAUAAAUCCACUUCGGCUGGCAGUAGCCAGUACAUAUGAUAUCUGUAUAUGAAUAAAUGCCUAUAUUGGUACCGCAUUUGGUGUUAUAAUUAUUGAUUUUUCAGUCGGUUUGUUGUUUUGUUUUCUGUCAUCUUGUUCAGUACUGUAUACAUUUUUACUACGUGCAUGUAUAUUUUCCUUUUGUUGUUGCUGUUGUUUUGUUUAUCAGAUUAGGUGACAAGAAAGCACAGAAAAGGUAAGAAGUAUGGUGUAAUGAUAUCAUUCUGAACGCUACUCUUCAGUUCCUUUACAUUGCCGUAUGGAAAAGCCUGCAAGAACACACCUAAGACCAGUCCUCCGUUAAUGGGAGUCAGGAAAUAUUUUACAUUGUCAUUAACAUAUAAAGUAAACGAAAAAAACAUAUACAUGUAUGUUAUAUAAAACAGAACUCCUGUAACAUAAGAGUUAUUACUGACGAACUUCAAAACACAUAUUAUUGAUUAUAAUUAUAGGAGUAUGCCAGCCCCUAAGAGCAAUCCUCCUUAGUGGUCCAUUGAACAAAAACCCCAGAAAAAAACGCUUUCCAAGAGCCAAGAUAGAAUGUGUAGAAAAUUCCAGUCAUUCAGCCAGUUAGUUACAUUUAAGGUGAACAUAACGGCAUUCGAACGAUCCAGUCAGAUUAGUCUGAUGCUUAAAUCCUUUCUCGCAGGUACAAUCUUCAGUAAUGCUUGAGAGUAUGCAGCCAAGAGCAAAACAUGGUGAGCUACGCACACAGUGUUUGAGCGAUACGAGCAACAGCAACGAAAAGUGACUUUAUCAAGGUUCCUUCACAAAUAUGACGCAAUGUGCAAGUCAAAUCAAUACCAGAAAAAAAAAAAUAAGCUGUCGGCACAUUCUGCAUAUUGUGACUUAACUGUUGAGAAGCACUUUGAUAUUGACGAACACAUCCAAAGUGUGAAUUAAAAUUCUUUCAGGUAUCAUCUUGGAGCUAAAAUUAAAGAGAGAUAAUUAACUUAACAAACAUUGUAGUUUGUUAAUAAACAAUAUCUUUUUUUACAAGCA